AUGGUGAAUUUUUGGUUUGAUGUCAUUCUAACCCUCGGUGGUCACGUGAAUUAUGUCAGUUCCGAGGUCAACAAACAGGACAGAUCUGAGCUAAAUGAGUUCAACCAAACUGCUGGCACUUCCCACGCGCGCUAUCCUCGGAAUAGGAGGGUUUUCUUGGACCAAAAUUGCAAAAUGCAAGAUCCUCAAGACGUCACACAUCUUGCAUCGAGAUUAGGGUCUCUUCAGAUGUCGGAGCUCCUUGAGAGGAAAGACCCAGAAGGUAGUGGGCUUGUUUCGAAGAGGAACGAUUACGAUACUCCUGUGAAGGCAAAGAGAAUGCCAUAUGUGUCUAAGAUUCCCAAAUUCUCGCCUACAUCGUGCAUAAGUGCUGGUUCUUCGUCUGAAUCGCCUAGAUCAAAAGAAUAUCAAUCUGGUACUCCCUCCAAACUGCCAGUCAUGACGAAACAAGCUGCUUCUGCAAAUAUUUCAGACUUGAGAUCCCAAAAAUGCAUGUCAGAUAUAUCUGUGGCAAAUUCGCUAAAAAAAAGUGGUCCAACUGCGGGCUUGAGCCGGAUGAACUCUUCAAAGUCAUCCUGGUCUUUGAAGGCGCUUGGGGAUAACCAGAUGGGUUCCCAGAUUCAGCGGACGCCAGGGCGUGGAAAAGAGAACAUUUUUGAGAAACUAAGUUCUGAUGCAAAAUCCAAGAGAAAACCUUCAUAUGAAGUGAUCAAAUUGAGAAAUCCAAAGGUCCGAGUCGCUGAUAGACAUGCAAUCCAAGCCCAAACCAUUGGUUCAUCCACCAUUCCUCGUUCCAGGACACUGCAAAGCUUGAAUUCACUAACGAAAGAAACUAAAACGAGAAUUCAUUCCGAGAACACAAAGCCCAGACCGUUAACAUUGAAACGAAAAGCCCCAGCUCAUCCUCAUAUCUCCAAAGAGCCGAGAAUAGCGAGUGUAUCAGAAGGAUCUGGAAACUACAAGGUUCAGAUCACAAGUUACACCGACCUAUUCCAAAAAUUACGCAAUCACAGAUUAACACAAGAAAGUAUGAGAAGGUUUCGGAAGAUAUCUGACCGCAAGCCUGAAGCAACCCAAGGUAUAAAACCGGAGCUUUUGAGCUCAAACAAACUUCCAAUGUACGAUCUGCUGACUGUUCACGAGCGUGGAGAGAUUCUGCGAAAGGAGCAGGUCUAUUAUGUUGGCCGAGACAAAAACAUCAAAGUCCAGGACUUCAACGGGGGCCAGUUCUCGAAGAACUUUGGAUUUGAUGAUGAAAAUAAAGACUACAUUAUCAAACCUGGUGAUCACCUAGACUACCGUUAUGAAAUCAUAUCCAAGCUGGGAAAGGGAUGCUUUGGUAGUGUUAUUAGUUGCGCAGAUCACAAAACUGGAAAGCUUGUUGCCGUGAAAAUCAUAAAAAACAAUAUGGAUUGGAUGCUUCAGAGUAUCAACGAGAUCAAGACUCUGAAACAGAUGACUCAAGCCGAUCCCAACGACCAGGUGCCUGUGCUGAAGAUACUUGAUAGCUUUCAGUUCAGAAGUCAUAUGUGUAUUGUCACAGACCUGCUUGCGGUCAAUCUUUACCAGGCGAUUGAAGCCUCUGACUUCUCAGGAUUCUCCCUACCUCUUGUUCAGAAAAUUGGUAAGGAUGUCAUUGACGCUCUGGGUUUUGUCCAUGCACAAAAUAUCAUUCAUUGUGAUCUAAAACCAGAAAACGUGAUGCUGAUUCCCUAUGAGAACGAUCUUCAGGUGAGACUCAUCGAUUUCGGCUCUUCUUGCCCGAAAAAUCAGCUCAGCUACUCGUAUCUGCAAUCGAGAUUCUACAGAGCACCCGAAGUGGCACUAGGUUCGAGAUACUCGGUUAAGAUAGACAUCUGGUCGUUUGGUGCCAUGCUCGCCGAGCUUUAUACAGGCCUACCUCUGUUCCCUGCAACUAACGAGUUUGACCUCAUAGCCAUGUUCGGAGAGCAUCUGGGCCCACCUCCCAAAGCAUUGAUACUGAAACUGAGAGAAAUAAUGUUUAGACAAGGACCCAUUGGAGUCAGAGAUUUAGGCUCCGGUAUUCUGGAUAAGACCACCCUGCUAUGGCGUGGUUUCAACUCAGAUGGGUCCAUUGACUCAGCGUUGUUCAGAGAAAAGAUGAACCGAAAAUUCCACCUUUCUUCGAAAACGGUGGAAUCGUCAUUGGCACUGCUGAAGACAAGAAACGGAAGAAUCGGUACUAACGACAAGUUAUUCGGCCCUUUUGUUGAGUGCCUAAGAGGAUGUUUCCAGUGGGAUCCAUUCAAACGUGUUUCUGCGACCCAAUUGGUUGCAAACCCGUUUUUCACACAAGUGUGA